CAACUUCCACCAAAACUAACUCUAACUCUCUAUCUAUAUCUUCAUCAACUUCAUCAAUUCAAAAUGGCGAAACUCUCAUCCACUGCAGCUCUCCUCGCAGCCCUGCUGUUGGUGGCCCAUGCAGUCGCAUUCCGAACCACCAUCACCACCGUGGAAAGCGCAGACGACGAGGACAACUACUACUACGGCGGAUCUUCCGUACCAGAAUGCCGGCGUCAGGUCCAGAGGCAGGCGUUGAGCCAAUGCAGGAUGUUCAUGAGGGAGAAGAUGAUGCAUGGCGGAGGACGAUUCGAUGAAAUCGAUAACUACAACCAACAUUUUGAGCAGUGCUGCAAUCAGUUGAGGAAUAUCAACGAGAGGUGUCGCUGUCCAGCGCUGAAGAUGGAGAUUGAUCAGCAGAGACAGAUGAGGAGGAGCCAGCCGGGUGAGAUGAGGAAGAUGAUGGAGGUUGCUCAGGAUCUUCCAUCUAUGUGCAGAAUGGCGCCUCAAUCUUGCCAUUUUCGUACUCCGUACUACUGAAGAUAGUUGAGUUUAAUUUAAUUUCAUGGUUUUUAAUUAACCAUCUUUAGAGCAAUUCAAAAACAAAAAAAAAAAAAGCACAAUAUCGUGUGCUUUCUCCAUCCUCUUCUGUAGUUUAUAAAGUAGCUUUUUAGGGCUCUUUCUCUUUGUGUCUCUUGAAUAAAAUGGAUGCUUUUUUGUUUGA